UCGUCACGUAUCAAUAGAAAAAUAUAAUGCAACUCACGGGCUUCCGUAGCCAACACACUGAUGACGAAAAGGUCUCCUGAAACCAGUAACGCUAGCAUUAAUCUAGCAACAGCAACAUCACACUACAGUUUAGCCAGUGAUAACUGAAAUAUCGAUUUUUUUUAAAUUACAUUAUUAGUGGACUACACAGCAGAGCUGCCACUGGACCAGAUGGCUGCGAAAAUCAACGAGGCGCACGACCACAUUGCCAAGGCUGAGAAAUAGUAAGGAAAUCUCGCUAGCUAGAUGACGUUAGCUAGCUAGCUGUAUAGUAUUUUUGUUGUGCAUUUUAGCUAUUACAGUAGGUAGUCAGCCACUAUCAUAGUAUUGGUAAGCGUGUAUUGUAUAGUACCUAUGUAUAAAACAAAUAGCAUGGGAAUGGUCUUUUCUAUUUAGUAAGCUAGCUAGCCAUUCUAGACAGGAAGCCAGCUGAGCUGCACAGCAGUUAAGCCUGUCAGGAUCACUUCAUCAAUACUAGGGCGUCCAUACCUGUAUUAAAUCCAAUAGCAAAUCCAUAUGAUUGUAACUUUUUUCAGAGGCAAUGCUGGUGUUAUGUUUGUCACUGAAUAUGAUGCAUUUUUUCCCACAGUUUAAAGACUAGCUUCAUGAAAUGGAAGCCUGACUAUGACAGUGCUGCAUCAGAGUACUCAAAAGCAGGUAUUGUAUCCCAAAGGUUCAUCCAUUCUAUGCAGCAACAAUUUUGACCUGAAUGCAUGUCCCCUACUACAACAGCUGUUGAUCGUCUAGUUGCGCAAUAGCACACUGUCAGUAAUAUUAGGUUAGAUUGCACAAGUGUUGCUCAAGUUGUCUUAUGAUUUGGCUUAUUAUAAAUGCAUAAUAAAGCAUUCCCUCCUGUCCCAGCUGUUGCCUUUAAAAAUGCCAAGAUGCUUGAAGAAGCGAAGGAGGCAUACCUGCAAGAGGCAGAGGCACAUACCAACAACAAAACGUAUCCUUUCACUACUCACUGCCAAUGGGGAGGGGGGGCUUAUAAAUGAUUUUGCAGGUUUGUUUUGAACAACGUAAUUGCAUAUGCUGCAUUUGAAGUGUUGACUACAAAGAUCUGAUAUUAACAUCAAUGUUUUCUUUAACUCAACAUCCAGACUAUUCCAUGCUGCCAAGUGAGUAUGAAAGAUCUAGGCCUGUCUUAUGUAAUGAUAUUAAUAGAACCAGAAUGAUGUACAGUAGACACUGAUUUGUCUACUGCUAGUUGUAUUGAAUGUUGCUAAGGAGCCUUUCUGUUGCAGAGCACUUGAGGCAGCUGGUAUGAUGCUCAAGGUUAGUGUUAAUGUGAUAAACAGUAUUGUCAAUCAUACAGACUUGUUAUCAGAGGUCGGGUGAAAUUUGCUGUUGUUUAUUCCAUCGUUUUUAGCAUUUUGUUGCCCCCUUCUGGAUUAAAGCCAUUGUUUUUAGUCAGACGUUUUUGACACAUGACAUGACUACUGUUUUACUAUUAACUAGCUACUAAAGCUAAUCAUUGAUAGACAUGUGUUUUCUCUCCAGGACAUGCAGAGGAUACCAGAGGCUAUACAGUAUAUUGAGAGAGCGAGCAUGAUGUAUGUAGAGAACGGCACACCAGACACUGCAGCCUUGGCCCUCGACAGAGCUGGAAAGUACGUACCGGUAGCCAAUAUUGAUCAUAUUAGAUGGGCUCUAGAAAUGAAUUCCCUGUCAACAUUGGCAUGUCACUGUAAACGUAUGAUGAUGAUGAUUCUCCCUUUUUCCUCGUUUUGAUGCUUAGGCUACUUAAGUUAAAGUUGCCUAUUCAUUUUUCAGGCUAAUCGAAUCACAGGAUCUAGCAAAAGCAGUGGAUCUGUACCAGAAAGCUGCAUCAGUGUUUGAGGUACGACUUGAGUGUUUGAUACUAGAGAACACCAAUCGUUGAGUUGCUUCGAAGCCACAGCCUCAGUUCAGGGUCACAUCUGUAGGGAUCUGUCUUAUUUCAGUGAUAUUGGAUAUACACUGCUCAAAAAAAUAAAGGGAACACUAAAAUAACACAUCCUAGAUCUGAAUGAAUGAAAUAAUCUUAUUAAAUACUUUUUUCUUUACAUAGUUGAAUGUGCUGACAACAAAAUCACACAAAAAUUAUCAAUGGAAAUCUAAUUUAUCAACCCAUGGAGGUCUGGAUUUGGAGUCACCCUCAAAAUUAAAAGUGGAAAACCACACUACAGGCUGAUCCAACUUUGAUGUAAUGUCCUUAAAACAAGUCAAAAUGAGGCUCAGUAGUGUGUGUGGCCUCCACGUGCCUGUAUGACCUCCCUACAACGCCUGGGCAUGCUCCUGAUGAGGUGGCGGAUGGUCUCCUGAGGGAUCUCCUCCCAGACCUGGACUAAAGCAUCCGCCAACUCCUGGACAGUCUGUGGUGCAACGUGGCGUUGGUGGAUGGAGCGAGACAUGAUGUCCUAGAUGUGCUCAAUUGGAUUCAGGUCUGGGGAACGGGCGGGCCAGUCUAUAGCAUCAAUGCCUUCCUCUUGCAGGAACUGCUGACACACUCCAGCCACAUGAGGUCUAGCAUUGUCUUGCAUUAGGAGGAACCCAGGGCCAACCGCACCAGCAUAUGGUCUCACAAGGGGUCUGAGGAUCUCAUAUCGGUACCUAAUGGCAGUCAGGCUACCUCUGGCGAGCACAUUGGAGGGCUGUGCUGCCCCCCAAAGAAAUGCCACCCCACACCAUGACUGACCCACCGCCAAAUCGGUCAUGCUGGAGGAUGUUGCAGGCAGCAGAACGUUCUCCACGGCGUCUCCAGACUCUGUCACGUCUGUCACGUGCUCAGUGUGAACCUGCUUUCAUCUGUGAAGAGCACAGGGAACCAGUGGCGAAUUUGCCAAUCUUGGUGUUCUCUGGCAAAUGCUAAACGUCCUGCACGGUGUUGGGCUGUAAGCACAACCCCCACCUGUGGACGUCGGGCCCUCAUACCACCCUCAUGGAGUCUGUUUCUGACCGUUUGAGCAGACACAUGCACAUUUGUGGCCUGCUGGAGGUCAUUUUGCAGGGCUCUGGCAGUGCUCCUCCUGCUCCUCCUUGCACAAAGGCGGAGGUAGCAGUCCUGCUGCUGGGUUGUUGCCCUCCUAUGGCCUCCUCCACGUCUCCUGAUGUACGCCUCCAUGCUCUGGACACUACGCUGACAGACACAGCAAACCUUCUUGCCACAGCUCGCAUUGAUGUGCCAUCCUGGAUGAGCUGCACUACCUGAGCCACUUUUGUGGGUUGUAGACUCCGUCUCAUGCUACCACUAGAGUGAAAGCACCGCCAGCAUUCAAAAGUGACCAAAACAUCAGCCAGGAAGCAUAGGAACUGAGAAGUGGUCUGUGGUCACCACCUGCAAAACCAGUCCUUUAUUGGGGGUGUCUUGCUAAUUGCCUAUAAUUUCCACCUGUUGUCUAUUCCAUUUGCACAACAGCAUGUGAAAUGUAUUGUCAAUCAGUGUUGCUUCCUAAGUGGACAGUUUGAUUUCACAGAAGUGUGAUUGACUUGGAGUUACAUUGUGUUGUUUAAGUGUUCCCUUUAUUUUUUUGAGCAGUGUAUAUUAAUGUAAUAAGGUAAUGAAAAGUGACCAAAUCAAUCAAAAUAGUAUUGAUAUGAUGAAUGUAUAUUUCUGCAGAACGAGGACCGUCUACGUCAAGCUGUAGAGAUGCUGGGGAAAGCAUCAAGACUUCUCGUCAGGCAACACAAGUAAAUUCUCUCCUGCUUUACAGGUUUUUCUACCUCUCCUACUCAUUCCGUUCCAGCUAACUGUUGUUGUUUUUUUUGCCCGUCAGGCUUGAUGAAGCAGCAGUGUCGAUUCAGAAGGAGAAGAACAUGUAUAAAGAAAUAGAGAAUUACCCAACGUGUUUUAAGGUGUGUUUAAUGAUCUUUCACUUAUUUAGCCUGAUAAAGAAAAUUGACCUUGUGUUGAAAACUCUGUUAUUAUUACCCCUGUUGUGAAGAUUAAAACCAAAUGGUUGCCUGUGUAUUUUCUUCUUUAGAAAACCAUUGCCCAAGUGCUAGUCCACCUUCACAGGAAGGACUUCGUAGCAGCAGAUAAAUGUGUUCGAGAGAGUUACAGGUACUGACUAAUUAAAACGUAAAUAUGAAGGUUAUCUAUUUUGUUAAAUUUGACUAGGGAUUCAUAAAUCCAGUUGGAAUAUUCCUGGAAUCAGGAGGUAAUAAGCAGGGAAUCUGUGAAUACUCCAACCGGGAUUUCUGGGAAUUUUGGGAAAGUUACUGGAAUUUUGCAACCCUAUGCUUGACCAAUCUAAUCUUUGCCCCUAGUCUGCCAGGCUUCAGUGGGAGCGAGGACUGUAUUGGCUUGGAGCAGCUCUUACAGGGCUACGACCAGCAGGAUGAUGACCAAGUGCAGCGCGUCUGUAACUCGCCCUUAUUUAAGUACAUGGACAACGAUGUGAGUGUUCUGCCUAGUGGCUUAUGUCAUCACAUCGUUUGAGUGUCUGCUUCUCAAAUUGUGUUCUGUUGUCUCCUUUGAUCACAUUUAAGGACUUUAAAAGGUAUGGAAUCAUGAGCUGUCCUUUCCUUCUGACACCUCUCUCCUAGCCACCCCAUAGAUGAAUUCCCAGGCUAGCCUGAAUAAUACAAAGUUAGAGAAGUCAUUUAUUAAUAGAAACAAUUGCAGUCCAACUGCUUGCUUACCUGCGUCACCCCUCUAGACCCUGCUUUCUUGUUUUGUACCAUUCAUCUUUUACAUUUCUUUAGAACUAUUUCCCAAACCUCUCCUGAUAAAUUCCUGAAAGACACACACCUGACUCAAACUAACCAAGGGUUUUCUGAUUGGUUCAUUAGUUGAAUCUGCUGUGCUAGUUUAGGAAGAGAUAAAACACAUGGAACUGGCUGUGGGUACUCAAGGAGAGGUUUGGGAAACAAAUACUGUAGAGACAACUUGCCAUAACCUGACCAGAGUGCCAAUUGUCUUGCAGUAUGCCAAGUUGUCCAUCAGCCUGAGGGUUCCAGGGGGUGGUAAGAAGAAGAAGGCUCCCGCUGCAGCUGCCGAUGCUGGGGAAGGAAGAGCGGGGGCAGGGGAGGCUGACGAGGAUGAGUACGCCGGUGGGCUAUGUUAGCCACAGAACCUGGACUUCCUGUCUGGACCUGAGCACUUCCUGUUAAGGAGUGGAAUCUUCCACAGCCCUCCCAUUCUGAGCAUGCCAGGGGGUCGUGAACUUUGCCUCCCAUCACCAGAUGUAUCCUUGAAACAACUGUAGGCACUCAGACCAUCAAGCAUAACAACGAGUUAUGUUCAUAACAAUAACAUAAGCAUGGUAAUAUAUAACAUCACUGUGGAAAAUAAUCAAACACUAGUCAAAGAUUUGAAUAUAUUAUUUGUCCCUUUUGGGGUUUACUGCGAUUGUAAAAUAAUGUAUAUUUUGCUACAUUUGAAGUGAUAUAAAACAUUUGAUUUUGAAUGUUGAUAUAAGUUUAGUAAUGCUUUUGUUGUAUUUGCCUCAAUGGAUCAUCAAGGUUUUUUCUCAUUCAAUCUACAACAGUAUAACAGUAUGCAACAAGAUACUCAGUGUGAAAAUAAUGAUUUGCACCUUCACCCAAACUCUGUGCCUCAAUAAUUGAAGUGUAAAGGGGUGGAUGAGACGAUUUCUGAAUUUGUACAGUAUGAAGUGUUGAAAGCAGCCAUUUCAGUUACUAUUGUGUGUGAAGGCACUUAUAAUGAAUCAAAUGUAUGUUAAGAAAAUAAUAUAUUUGGGUAAUUGGUAUAUUAUUGUACUUUAGUUUUCAUUUCAGAAUGCCUUUCCAGUUUCAUUAUACGUUAUGCCUGUACUUUUGAACUGACUGAAAGCUAGACGAUGAUUCAUGUUUACAACUAAUCUUAAAAUGUGUGUCAAGUUUUGUGGAGUAUGCAGGCUUGAUGUUUGUGGCAGGCUUGAUGUUUGUGGCAUGCCCUCUGUUUUUACUGAAUCAAGUCAUGGAAUGAAAUUAAAUGGCAGCACGUCAGCUUUCAAACGUGUUACGUUCAGGUCACUGAACCACAAUAACGUCACAAACUAGAUUCCUUACACAUGAAAACAGUCUGUUCACUUACACAUGGUGCUGCAUUUCCCAAUGCAUAGAUUUGACGGCCUUGAUCACAUUUUGGUUGAAUGUAUGAACUUGUACAUUUAAAAUAACACUAACUUAUGUCAAAAACAAGGGUUUUUCAAGCAAUCAAAUAUAACCGACACAGGUUACGCACUUCAACGACAGUAUCUGUAUUGACGCCCUCAAUUCAUAGGUCUUUAUAGGGUCUCCAUCAAGAUGGACAUGCUCCAUAAUAUAGAAAUAGAAUUCUAUGCUGCAUACAGUGUUCAUCACAUCACUGUUUUGCCCUUUAUUGUUUGUCUUUCUUAGGUGUCCUACAGGUUCAAACAAAACCAAAAACGUCAUCCCUUUCUGGUGAGAUGAUACACAUUUCCUGAGAACGAUGUCUGCCACAGCUCCCUUGAUUACUCUGUAGAAACAAAUUAUUUUAACUUCCCUCUGCGCACAGACGUCAAUUCAACG